GUAUGUUUCUUUACCGAUAAAUGAAUAUCACGAUCCCAUGCACAAUCUUGUUUAGCAUUCAUUGUGUUUAGUGGUACAGGGCUUUGGACCAUACAAGUGAGGGCUCCCUGAAUGAAAUGAUGAAAUGGAUAAUUGGUCUGAUAUUGGCGUCGCUGUUACGUGACACAUUAUCACAGAUUUCAAGCUCUUCACAUUCUCAUUCUUCCUCUUCGUCAUCGUCAUCGUCUUCUUCAUCGAACAAUCAACAAGGUUUAUCCAGUUUUGGUCCUUUCCGGGAAUCAAACAAUCCACACAAUUUCAACUCGUUUGGGAAUCCAUCUGACUUGCAGUCAAAUAACCCUUUCACCCGAGAAAAUCCACUUCCAUUAACAAGACAUCGUAAUGGAGUUUUCACACCAGACAAUUUUGGUGAAGGUUUUGUGGAAAAUUUCAUGUCCUCUGGAAGUGCAACAAAUACAGCACCAUCAAUGUCUCAACCAAUUCAUAACGUUCAGCAUGGACACUCUCUAUUUGGAAGUCAGCAGGAGCAGUCAUUAACUCAGGUUCAACAAAAACCUCAUCAUCCAGUUCUUCAAAGUCAACCAGGACCCCCAAACAUUCAAAGUCAGUCUCAUCAUCCAGUUCUUCAAAUACAAGGACCCCCAAACAUUCAGUCUCAUCAUCCAGUUCUUCAAAUACAACAAGGACCACCCAAAAUUCAAGGUCAACUUCAUCAUCCACUUCUCCAAAGUCAACAAGGGCCCCCUAAUUUUCAAGGUCAACCUCAUCAACCAGUUCUUCAUAAUCAACCAGAACCCCCCAAAAUUCAAGAUCGACAAGAUAACCACUUUAUUCAAAGUAGACAGGAUCACUCAUUCUUUCAUAAUCAACAAGGGCAUCCGAUGAUUAGAGGUCAGCAUAGAAAUCCUAUCUUUAAAGACCAUUUUGGUCACCCUGCUUUUCCUGGUCAGCAGGAACAUUCGAUGAUUGAAGGUCAACAGGAACCUCAAAAUAACCAAGGUCGUCAGGGAAAUUUAUUAUUCCAAGGUGAACAAGAUCAUACAAUAAAUCAAAGACAGCCAAUAAUUCAAAAUCUCCAAAGUCAUCCAAUAAUUCAAAAUCAGGGUAACCCUAUAAUCGAUUCAGUUCAGGGACAACAGAGGAAGCAAAGUAAGACAUCAGGGAGACAUCAGACAGUUCAGGGUCAACAGGGUUUGCAAGGGCUUCGAAAACCACUGAGACAUGAAUUCGCAGGAAAUCAUCAAGGACACCAAACAGCACAGGGUAGUCAAGCUGCUGAGAGCCAUUCUUUCAGCACUAGCAGUUUUGAGGGACCAGAACUGACACCAAGUGGUAAUGCUCCGAGUUUCUUUGAGAAGUCAUUUUCAUCUGUAAAAACAGAUCAAGUGAGAGAAAACAGACCAGGCCCCUUACUCACACCACCGUCAUUCCAAAGGACCUUUAAACCACCAUCAAUAGGGAGGCCUAUUUUCCCUAGAAAUUUCAUACUUCCCGAAAAAUAUCGGCUAAACGAAGCUCUUAACACUGAUACAAACACUGUGUUGCGAACACAAAGUAAAAUGAAUCAACAACCAUCAAAUACUCAAAAAUUGGCCAAUGCUCCGGGUGCAUUUCCACCCCAGGGGUUCCUUAAACUCGAAACGCCGAAACCACAAAUACACAACAGUGGUACAAAUACUCAAACAUCGCAAAGUAAUUCUUUUAGUUUCCAAGCAAUAAAUACUCCACCGUUUGGUGAGGUUGAUUUUCAUCCUAAAAGAGUAGAAAACCUAACAACAUUUCAUGGACCUGUGCAAUUUAGGAACUGGGUACCUCAAAGAGUGGCUGAUGCAUUUGACAGCGAGAUAGUUACUUGCACUGAAGAGUAUCAGAAACUUCCCAACCACACAAUGUGUUUCGUGGAUAACCCUUCUCUGAAUAUGUCCGGUGUAUCAGAAGCAGAGAAAUUGGAGAUAGUGAGAAUUCAUAAUCAGCUUCGAGGCAAUGUAUUACCAGAGGCCUCUGACAUUCUUACAAUGAGAUGGGACGAUAGGCUGGCGAUAGUGGCUCAGAAGUGGGCAAAUCAAUGUAGCAGGUACCAUGAUAAAAUGAGAGCUGUGCCGUCAUUAGGAAAACACACAUUAAUUGGGCAAAAUUUGGCCGGAGGAUAUUCUAACUGGUCGACUGUGUUGGAAGAAUGGUGGAAUGAGAACCUUAUUUGGCAAUACGGCAUUGAUCCAAAUACUUACAUUCCAGAAACAAUUGAUGUGGCUGAAACGAUUGGACACUUCAUACAGGCGGCAUAUAAUGGUACCUACCUUGUUGGUUGUGGAUAUGCUGUAUGUGACGAGAGCCGAUACGAGAAAUAUUACGUCUGUAACUAUGCUCCAGGACUACGAAGCUUCACACACCCUUUCACAAUAGGAAAAAGAUGCGGAGCAUGUCCUCAUAGGUGCAGAGAUGGAAAAUGUGAUUGCGGAGAUAGAGUGUGCAAUAAUGGAGGAACACUAAAUACAGAGACGUGUCAGUGCGAGUGUGGAUCUUUAUACGCAGGACCAAACUGUGAUAUCCUGCGGUGUCCAUUUACCGACAAUGCUGAUUGUGGAGCGCGGUAUCAGAAAGAACACUGUGUGGUUCUCCCUAACGCCAAUCAGGAAUGUCCUUACAUGUGCGGACGCUGCGCUAGAGGACAUGUUCUCUGUGGCGGAAGGAUAUGCUACAAUGGAGGAUCACUCAAAGAAAACACGUGUCAAUGCUCCUGUUCUCCUCCGUAUACUGGCGAUACAUGCGAAGUUAACUGUGGAGAAACGGAUGAUCCACACUGCUCUCGGUGGCCAGACGUUUUCUGUCACUGGAAUCCACUUAUCCAAAAACAAUGUCCACAUAGAUGUAAUAUGUGCAAUCAACAGUAGAAUGUUUGACUGUAAAAUAAAUGUGGUCAAAGAGUUUCUAAUUUAAAUAUGUAAAAAAAAAUAUAUAACAAAAAUAUACAGAGUUAAUUGCUUAA